ACAGGCUAGCCGUACAGGCUGUUAGCUGCCCAAAAUAUCCAGCUGAAUGAAGCCCUUUGCUUUGUAUGGAAACCACUAGCAUCACUGACUGGGUUCAUGUUCCAUCGCGACAAUGAGGAGCGUUAUUGUGCUGUCGCUACUGGUGCUGAACAUAAAUCACGUAAUAUCAGCCCCCAAAGGCGUCACUGCCAGUCUUAAAGCCAAGUGGAGCAUGACGCCUUUCCUCCUGGAGACGAGCGAAUUUAUUGGAGAAGAUGGGAAUGAGAAAUUCUGGCAGUUUGUCGACACUGUAAAAGAACUUACUGUAUACAAGCACGGAGAGUCGGUGCGCUCGUACUACAACUUGAUCAUUAAGAAAGCCGGACAGUUCCUCACAGAUCUUCAAGUUAAUCUUCUCAAAUUUGCUCUUGCCCUGCGCUCCUAUUCACCAGCUGUUCAUGCAUCCCAGCAGAUAGCCAAAGAUGAGCCUCCGCCUGAGGCUUGCCCAGCCUUUGUCUCCAUCCAUGGGCAACACAGCUGCAGCACCAAGGACAUCAAGAAGCUCCUUAAGGCAGCUGCAGGCAGGCCAAAACCAUAUUUAUACAAGAACGAUCACACAUAUCCAGGGGUCAAUAUAACAGAUGUGCCAGUUGUGAUCUUGUAUGCAGAGAUUGGAACAAAGAAGUUCACCUCUUUUCACAAGGCACUGUCAGAGAAAGCUGAAAAGGGCACACUUACAUAUGUGCUGCGUCAUUUUGUAGCGAAUCCAAAGCCUCAAAAGAUGCUUUUAUCUGGGUAUGGUGUUGAGUUGGCUAUCAAAAGCACAGAAUACAAAGCUGUGGAUGACACUGAAGUAAAAGAUUCAAAGACGGUUAUAAAUGUGGAGGAUGAUGAUAAUGAUGAAGUCCAAGGAUUCUUUUUUGGGACAUUAAAGAAAUCUCAUCCUGAACUCCAGGAGCAUCUUGUUGAGCUUCGCAAACAUCUUCUUGAGAGUACCAAUGACAUGGCCCCUCUCAAAGUGUGGGAAAUGCAAGAUUUGAGUUUCCAGGCAGCUUCUAGAAUCAUGUCUGCACCAAAGUUUGAUGCUUUAAAGCUCUUGCGAGAUCUCAGUCAGAACUUUCCAAGCAAAGCCAGAUCACUGACAAGAGUGGCUAUAAAGCAGGAAAUGAGAAAAGAAAUUGAGGAGAACCAAAAGCACCUCAGUGAGACCAUUGGUGUUCACCCAGGAGACGGUGAGCUCUUCAUCAACGGGCUGCACAUUGAUCUGGACAUUCACAAUCCCUUCAGCAUCUUGGACAUACUUAAGUCAGAGGCCAAGGUCUUAGAGGGUCUACAUAAUCUAGGCAUAAAAGGAGAACAUCAAGAUAAGCUGCUGAGAUUACCUGUGAAUGCUGUGGAUGACAGUUAUGCCUUAGAUAUCAGACACCCAGCCAUAAUGUGGAUAAAUGACAUUGAGAAUGACCUAAUGUACCGAAGCUGGCCAACUGGUGUACAGGAGCUCCUCAGAGCCACCUUUCCCGGAGUCAUCCGGCAGAUCAGACGCAAUUUCUUUAACCUGGUGCUGUUCUUAGAUCCACUGCAGGAAGAAAGUGGUGAGCUCGUGAAGCUAGCAGAGCUUUUCUACAAGCAUAAGAUCCCCCUGAGAAUUGGAUUUGUGUUUGUUGUCAACACCAAAGAUGAGAUUGAUGGCUUCUCAGAUGCAGGGGUUGGAUUUUACCGACUGCUGAAUUACAUUGCAGACGAGUAUGAUUUACCCCAGGCUCUGAUGUCUGUGGUCUCACUGUAUAGCAAAGUCGAUGUAGGGGAGACGCUCUCUGCUGAUACAAUCACUGCUUACCUAAAGAGAAAAUUCCCAAAAGCCAAUUCUGAAAGGAUUCUAGGAGUUGAAUCAGAGUAUGAUGAUAAAAGGAAGGAUGGUGCGCUCUUCUACAAAAAGAGUGGCUUAGGUGCCCUGCCUUUGGCUUUAUUUAAUGGAGUCCCUUUGAGCCCUGAUGAGAUGGACCCAGAGGAGCUGGAAACAGUCAUCCUUCAGCGCAUAAUGGACACCACUACUGCCUUUCAAAGAGCCGUCUUUAUGGGCCAGUUAUCUGAAGGCUCAGAUGUGGUAGACUAUCUAAUGGAACAGGCCAAUGUGGUUCCCAGGAUGAACCCUCUUAUUUUAAGCAGUGACCGAAAGUACCUUGACCUCACAGCCACUCCAGUUGCAGAUGAUUGGGAAGACACAUAUAUGUUUUCUUAUGUGGACACCAGAGACAAAACGGCAGUGAUUGCUAAGAGAAUGAAGUACUUCACAAAUAGUGAUGAGGAUGGGAUGACUCCUGUAACUCUGUGGGUAGUUGGGGAUUUUCAGAAGGUGUCAGGACGAAAACUCUUGCUCAGUGCUCUGAAACACCUGCAGAAGGCCAGUCCUGGAGUGCGUGUGGGGGUGAUAGAUAACCCCAGUGAAAAACCCUACGACGAUAACACUGUGCUGUACAGGGCUAUCUGGGCCUCUCUCCUCACCCAGAAGAAUAAGGCUGCGGCAGAGUUUGUGCAUAAACUCCUAAAAGAGGAGAGCAGCCAGCUCCUCCAGCAGGGGACCAAGAUGAAAGACUUACUGAUGCAGGGCAUGGAUAUGGAUGCCUUUGAGAAAAAAUUCAACACCCUUGAAGUUGAUUUUAUCCGCACUCAGCAGUUAUUCUGUCAAGACGUACUGAAACUCAAUCCUGGACAGUGUGCAGUGAUCAGCAAUGGGAGGAUCCUUGGUCCGUUUGAAGAGCAGGAAGAAUUCACUGUGGAGGAUUUCCACUUGCUGGAAAAGAUUACUCUGAGCGGUUCUGCAGAGAAAGUCAAAGCCAGAGUUAAACAGAUGGGAAUGAAGCCAAAGCAUGCCAGUGACUUAGUUAUGAAAGUUGAUGCCCUGCUAACUGCAGCCCCCAAAGGAGAAGUCAGAAGAGAUGUCCACUUUAUCAAAGACACCCACAGCGUGCUUCAUCUCUCUCCACGUGAGAACGAGGUGUUCUAUGAUGUUGUGGCAAUCGUUGACCCCCUCACAAGAGAAGCACAGAAGAUUUCCUCCCUUCUGACUGUGCUCAGUCAAGUGGUCAAUGUGAGACUGCAGGUGUUUAUGAACUGCAGGGCCAAGUUAUCUGAGAUGCCUCUCAAGAGUUUUUACCGCUUUGUUUUGGAGCCGGAUGUUAUUUUCUUGGCCAAUGACACCGUGUCUCCAGGGCCAGUUGCCCGCUUCAUGGAGCUCCCAGAAACUCCGCUCCUCACUCUUAAUAUGAUCACACCUGAGAGCUGGAUGGUGCAGGCAGUCCGGAGCCCGUAUGACUUGGAUAACAUCCAUUUGCAGGAGGUGAACAGGGUUGUGGCAGCAGAAUUUGAACUGGAGCACCUCUUGCUAGAGGGCCACUGCUUUGACCUGUCAACUGGCCAGCCUCCUCGUGGACUUCAAUUUACGCUGGGCAUGAGCCGAGACCCACUCAUGUAUGACACCAUUGUCAUGGCUAACCUGGGAUACUUCCAGCUGAAAGCAAAUCCUGGAGCCUGGAUCCUAAGAUUACGUAAAGGGAGAUCAGAAGAAAUCUAUCAAAUCCUAACGCACGAUGGAACUGAUUCACCUGCAGAUGCCGGUGAUGUUAUAGUUGUGCUGAACAGUUUCCAUAGUAAGAUCAUCAAAGUCAGGGUGCAGAAAAAGGCAGACAAGCUUGGCGAAGAUCUUUUAAGUGAAGCUAGUGAAAGCAAAGGCAUAUGGGAAUCCAUAGCAAGUGUUUGGAGCACAUUUGAGAAAAGCAUCACAGGUGGUGGCUCAAAGAAGGAUGACGGAGAGAAGAAAAAAGACGACGUUCUGAACAUUUUUUCUGUGGCCUCGGGCCAUCUGUAUGAGCGUUUUCUGAGAAUAAUGAUGCUGUCUGUGCUUCGGCAUACACAAACACCUGUCAAAUUCUGGUUUCUCAAGAAUUACCUAUCUCCUUCUUUCAAAGACACCAUCUCUCACAUGGCAGAGUCAUACGGCUUUCAGUAUGAGUUAGUGCAGUACAAGUGGCCCCGUUGGCUCCACCAGCAGACUGAGAAGCAGAGGAUUAUCUGGGGAUAUAAGAUCCUCUUCCUGGAUGUUCUAUUCCCUUUAGCUGUGGACAAGAUCAUCUUUGUGGAUGCCGACCAGAUAGUUCGAGCUGAUUUGAAAGAGUUGAGGGAUUUAGACUUGGAGGGUGCUCCUUAUGGCUACACACCAUUUUGUGAUAGCCGCAGAGAGAUGGAAGGGUAUCGUUUCUGGAAAACUGGAUAUUGGGCGUCACAUCUGGGACACAGGAAGUACCACAUCAGCGCCUUAUAUGUAGUCGAUUUGAAGAAGUUCCGUAAAAUUGCAGCCGGGGACAGAUUACGAGGCCAGUACCAAGCCUUGAGCCAAGACCCAAACAGUCUGUCUAACCUGGACCAGGACCUUCCUAACAACAUGAUUCACCAGGUAGCCAUCAAGUCUCUUCCUCAGGAGUGGCUGUGGUGUGAGACAUGGUGUGAUGAUACCUCUAAAACCACUGCUAAGACUAUAGACCUGUGCAAUAACCCAAUGACUAAGGAACCCAAGCUGGUGGCUGCAGCGAGGAUUGUGCCCGAGUGGGUUGAAUAUGACAGGGAGAUCAAAGAGCUGCUGAGACGGGUCCAGGAACAGGAAGACACAACAACACAAAAACAGAUUCCUGCUGCCUCACAACAUAAAAAAGCAGACAACCACCGUGAUGAACUUUAGUGUCUGCCAGCACCACGCUGAAGAGGAAGGAGGCAGGCACCUUUUGCACACAGGCCACCUGUGAAGCUUGAAGACAGACAGUUCCAUCUAAACAUAGCCAUGGAGUGUUACAUCUCCAGCUGGAGGAGGAUGUGAUAUUUUCAGACGCCAUACCUGCUUCUGCACUCGGUACAUCUUAGAGAAUCAACACGUGGUGUAAUUGUUAACUGCCAGCUGUGAACUCGUGGUGUGCUGAGCACUACAGACACAUCUUGUUAAGUAAGUGGUUCCUGAAAAAUGAAGCUAAAACAGAGAGUAAAAGCGUGAGGCCAGUAAGGGGCUUUAUUAGGUAUGUGUUGAAGGACAAACAGUGGGCAUUUAUUGCACUGAUAAUGUGAGCAAAGAAUUCAAUUAGCAAAGGCACAUUUCUACAAAUCUAAUUUAACCUUUCUUUGAAAAUUUUAAAAGCUACUUUUACAGCUUCUUAAUUUAUAAUUAUGAAAACAUUAGGACUGAAUUGUCAAAUGAAAGUUUUUAAAAAUUGCUUUUCAAGUUGUUACAUAAAAAAGUGUUAAAUGUCUUUGAAUCUACACACCUGAAAUGUAAAGCUCCCCUCGGCAGACAUUUAGGAAACAAUGUUUCUCCUGCAGCAGUCCCCUCUCCUAUUUUUGCCACCCAAUGAUGUACAGCAUGUUCUGAAGGAAGAAUUAUCCUUCAUUAUAUUAUAUUACUUUUAUUACCUGGCCCAAAAAGACCUGUAAUUGGCCAUAGGCUUUUGUCCCUGCCUAGAUUUUCCAGUCCAGUUCCCUCUCAGACCACAGAAAUGACAACACACUGAAAGGAUUUUCUGGAUACCAGAAAAGUUAUCUGCCCAGGCUUUAAAUUACAAAUUUUAUCUUGGUCAGCUGCUUGUCCAAAGACAGGGGGUGUAUCUUCAGCUAUUGGCGUUAUUUUUACAUUAUUUUGGGGGAUAAAAUACAUUUUUGAACCGUAGCAAACAUCGAAUAUCAGUAUACAAACUAUGCUGCUCUUGUAUUUCAAAGACUGCGCCAUGGAUCGUAGGUGGGUGAAGGUGUAGUCUUUGUCCCAAGCACAUGUAACUCUGUCAUCAGUUCUGUCCCCUCAGGUGUAGCCAUGCAUUCACCUCUAUGGUGCAAACCAUUGUUUUUUUUCUUUUCUAUGAUUUAAGGAAACGUGUAACGUCAAAAAAAGAAACUCUAAAAAGUUGUUUAAAAUCA